AUAUCCGGGAGACAGCCUUCGUGUACGCCAUCACGGCAGGCAUGGAGGGCACAGCCUGGGAGUGGGGGGGCUGCGGGGAUGAUGUGCAGUUCGGCUACGAGAAAUCUCAACAGUUCAUGGAUGCCAAGAGCAAGAAAGGCAAAAACGACAUCCGAGCUCUCAUUGACCUGCACAACAAUGAAGCCGGGCGCUUGGCAGUGCGCAGCUACAUGAGGACAGAGUGCAAGUGCCACGGGCUGUCGGGCUCCUGCACCCUGCGGACCUGCUGGCGGAAGAUGCCCCAUUUCCGUGAGGUGGGGGACCGCCUGCUCGAGCGCUUCAAUGGGGCCUUCAAGGUGAUGGGAGGCAACGAUGGGAAAACACUCAUCCCUGUGGGCGAGAACAUCAAGCCUCCCGACAAGCAGGACCUCAUCUACUCGGCCGACUCACCCGAUUUCUGCUCAGCUAACCGUAAGACGGGCUCGCUGGGCACCCGGGGCCGCGUCUGCAACAGCACAGCCAUGGACACGAGUGGGUGCGACCUGCUGUGCUGCGGGCGAGGGCACCGGGACGAGACGGUGGUGCUGGAGGAGAACUGCCUUUGCCGCUUCCACUGGUGCUGCGUGGUGCAGUGCCGCAAGUGCUCCGUCCGUCAGGAGCUCAGCCUCUGCGUCUGACGGUGUGGGGUCAGGCGAGGACAAUCUGGGGGCGGCCACCCCCAGGCUCACGCUGCAGCCCCCCAGGGACAGAGACGGGCUGAGCCGGUGGCAGGGACGGCGUGGGUGA